ACCAAAUUAGUAUAUUAAUCAUAAUUAUAAUUUAAUUAGAGCACAUGGACGUUUGCCCAGUGCUUAUAGACGAGGUUGUCCAUGCGGCUCCCCAAUACUUUCAAGGUAGUGUUGCGGCUGCCUUGCACCAGCGCCAUCAAGGAUGCGCUUGCGCCGGAUUGCGGCAAAGUCGUCCACCCGCGCCACCGCAAAUAUCCCCGACGCGCUGCAGUAGCGCGGCAGCCCCAACAGUGCCCUGAAGGCGUUGUUAUAUUGCACAAGUAGGGCGCUGGGUAGACUUACACCAUAAACUGCAGGUAUAAAAUUAUUGGCAAUAUGCCGUAAACAAGGUAAGCUUUAUUCUUUUUGAACAUGCUGCGAUUCUUCUAAUUUGCAUGUUGCUAAUUACGGGCAGCGCCCUACGUUCCUUUUCGAUGUCGUUAUCAUCCGUUUGGGUCGCAGUUAGCCAGUGACCCAAAUACUUAUAUUUUGUGAGCAAAUGUAUGGUAGUGCCACUUUGGGUAACCGUCGGAACGUUUGAGUAACAUUUGUUACCAGCCAGAAAUACCAAAAUUCUCUUUUAGUUGCAUUGUAUUGAAGACCAUGAGCCAUUGCAAAAUUCUCGCAUAUAUUAUGUAGCUUUCUGAGGGCGUUGAUAGAUGAGGCCGGCAGCAUCAUGUCAUCUGAAUAAUUAAUUUAUUCAUGAAGGUCCCACCGACCGAGCACCCGACCAUGGUGCCGCUAAACGCACCGACCAGCCGAUACACAUACAAACUGAAGAGCUUCGGUGAUCACAGCCCUCCCUCUCUCACCCCACACUCCAAUCUGUACGGUUAGGAUAGAGAGCCUGCCCAUCAUACCAUGUUGUUCUGCUGAGUAUACCAAGAUUUGAACUCCUUGAUUAUAUCGCUGUGCAUCUUUGUGUCCUCAUACAGCUUCUUCCACAAAAUCCUAUAAGAAACCAAGUCGAACGCCUUGGACAGGUCGAGGAAGCACGCAUACACUGGUGUUUUUUCUAUCUGUAUAAUAUCUGACAAUAUGCUUGAUACAGAGGAUCGCUGUUUCUGUGGAUAGGCCCGAUCGAAAUCCGAACUGGUCAUCAUUAAGCGUAAGAAGUUUAUUGUGCUGUGUGCCAAGCAUACUGUCAUUCACUUUCGAUACUACAGUGGCCAACGAUAUGGGCCUAAGUUAUUUAAAUCAGAAGCGUCACCGGAUCUGUCUUUCACUAUUGGCACCAAUACUGUCCUCAUCAUCUCGUCACGCAAGUACGUGUGGGCUAUACAAAAGUUUAAAAGCGUAGAAAGUACCCUAGGCAGAUGAGUACUAGCCAUCUGGAGAUGUUCAAUACUCACUAAGUCAUCCCCAGGAGACUUUCCGCGUUUCAGCUUUCUAAUUAGUUCAGCCACUUCUUUUGCAGUAAAUAUUAGGUGUUGACGGGCAGUUUGUGCCACUGUUAAAUUAUUGAUUGCUUGCAAUGGAGGUUUAACUAAAAACUUAUUUUUAAAGAGGUUGACGAUCGAAGUGGGCUCGCUAACGCAAUCAACGCUCACUGGAAGGCCCGAUUUUAUAUAUCAGGCAUUGGUUUUAAAAUGUACAAUUUUCAGCAGUAAAGGUUUUAUUUUUUUUCAACAGAUUUUAUUGGAUGUAUUAGUUUUUGCUGUCUUUUCACAUCGAAUAACGAUGGUUCAUAUGUAUCCAGACGAAUUUCUUUUGUUAACCAUUUAUCUCGUGAUUGGUUUCGUCAUAGCUUUCUACAUCAUUGAUCUCAUUCAUAGAAAGGUUGCGAGUUAUAUUGUUCGAAUGGAGAAUCAUAAGACCUACAUAUCGUAUAGCCGGUCCCUUGCAAUACACCUCUAUGUUAUGUGUUUCUCUCUGCCUAUGAUAAUGCUUGGAUACUAUGGAUUUCAAAUGGCAGUUUUUGAAUUUCUACUGAGGCGCGGCUACAAUCAAAAUGAUCAGGAGCUAUUGGAUAAUACGUGUGCGUUGACGUCCUGCAGCAACCUUCUUACCAUUUCAUUUACAAUGAUCUUGCUUCUAAGAUUUGCCAUAUUAAGAAAAUUAUCACUUUACUCAAGUGUGACUGAUUAUAAUCAACGUGAAAUAGUAGAAAACGUUCCAUGCUGGGAGAGAGAAAUCGAUUUACCUAGAUUGAAUGAAAAUGUUUUAGCAAGCAAAAUGGCAACUCUUGUAACGCAGUUCACCUUGAUAAUUGCCUUUGGCUUUUCAUGUCCACCCGCCAUAUUAAUUGUAUUGCUGUUCAACAUCUACCACAUCAGGCGUGACGCAACAUUAUUUACACUUCACUAUCAAAGACCAUUGCUUUUGAGAAAUAGAGCUUUUAAUGUAUGGUCUGAAAUUUUGAAACUUAUGGUUUACUUAGCCAUCGUUGUAAACGUUGUGUCACUAGUAUGCUCCACAGAUUUUGUUGAAGCAUAUUUGCGUGAGCGCAGAAUGCCGCCUAUUGAUUCGCUUACGCAAUAUAUUGACACCUUUUUUAUCCACAUUACAGUACGCGCGUUUGGAGUACCUGCUUUUAGCCGUGGAUAUCUUUAUAUAGCCACAGAUUCUGCAACUUAUACAACGAAGGAUUUAACUGACGACGAAUUAAAGACUUGUCAAUAUAUGUUUAUUUUUACUUUUGAGAUUGUCAUGGCUGCAAUAUACCUAAUAGUGCAAUAUAUAUUUUCAAACAACGCCGACGAAAAGGAAAUCCCUAAAAAACGAAAGCAAGAAAAUGAUAAUAACUAACUUAAGAUAUACCUUGAGUGCAGAAAUAUACCUUUCUUCUAAAAAUUAUUAUUGUUAAAAUUGUUAUACA